CUAGGCGUUACAGGACUUGCACCUCCAUCUAACACGCAUGUCUACGACCCAUGAACUUUGGAAAUAGCGGCUACGAAUUGUUCUUUAUGUACUUUUAUUUACAUGGGAAAAUAACUGCAACUUUUACAACUUGUCGUUUUAAGCGUUUUAUUUUUACGAUAUCGCUAACCCCCAUUUACAUUACCUUUUGUUUCACAAUUAGACUAACAAAGCAGUAGACGUCGACGAAAAGUUUCAGUUUCGUUUUUGAGAAGAAAUUGGUUGGGAGGACAAGCAGUUGCUACGGCUAGCGACUUGGAUUAGUUUAUCGAUAAGAACAUCAGUAGACAGUACGGACAUAACAGCGAUGCUUACCAGGGAAGUUAAAGUCGUUUACUUGUUACAUGUUUUGGCAUCAUCGAUUCUACUUGUAGCAGCAGGUGAUGAAGUAUAUGGAAAGAAAGGAGGAGAAAUCACAUUAUCCCCCGGCUCGUUGUCUGGCCCACUCGAACGCAUCGUUUGGAAACAUGGGGAUGACAAAGCAAUCGAGUGGGAGGCCGGGCAAACUGUCGCUUAUCGCCAGUUCAGAGGUUCCACAACUCUGGACGCAAAAACAGGAGAAAUGACGAUCACAAAAUUAGAUUCAAGGUUUAUUGGACUUUAUUCAUCCGAUGUAAAUGGCGUUCAAGCUACAAAAAGAUGGACGCUGACGUUACUCGAUCCUGUUUCCAAACCAAUCAUUGUUAAGAACUGCACUGAAUCCAAGUGCGAAUUGUCCUGUAAGAAUGAGGCCACCGUUAAAGUUCAGUGUGCUUGGAGAAAUGGUGAAGAAGAAUUGCGGCAGUCCGAUGGAACCUUGAAACUUGAGAAGACUGAUGACAAGGUUGGAAAAGCUUACAUAUGUAACUGCAGCAACCCUGUGAGCUUUGCUGUGAGUGACCAAAUCGUCGCAUUUGACCCAGGUGAUGAAGUAUAUGGAAAGCGUGGAGGAGAAAUCACAUUAUCCCCCGGCUCAUUGUCUGGCCCACUCGAACGCAUCGUUUGGAAACAUGGGGAUGACAAAGCAAUCGAGUGGGAGGCCGGGAUAACUGACGCUUAUCACCAGUUCAAAGGUUCCAUAUUUCUGGACACAAGAACAGGAGAAAUGAGGAUCACAAAAUUAGAUUCAAGAUUUAAUGGAGUUUAUUCAUCCGAUGUAAAUGGCAUUCAAGCUACAAAAAAAUGGAAGCUGACGGUACUCGGUGAUGAAGUAUAUGGAAAGCGUGGAGGAGAAAUCACAUUAUCCCCCGGCUCGUUGUCUGGCUCACUCACCCGCAUCGUUUGGAAACAUGGGGAUGACAAAGCAAUCGAGUGGGAGGGCGGGCAAACUGACGCUUAUCGCCAGUUCAGAGGUUCCACAACUGUGAACGAAAAAACAGGAGAAAUGAGGAUCACAAAAUUAAAUUCAACGUUUAAUGGAGUUUAUUCAUCCGAUGUAAAUGGCAUUCAAGCUACAAAAAGAUGGACGCUGACGGUACUCGAUCCUGUUUCCAAACCAAUCAUUGUUAAGAACUGCACUGAAUCCAAGUGCGAAUUGUCCUGUAAGAAUGAGGCCACCGUUAAAGUUCAGUGUGCUUGGAGAAAUGGUGAAGAAGAAUUGCGGCAGUCCGAUGGAACCUUGAAACUUGAGAAGACUGAUGACAAGGUUGGAAAAGCUUACAUAUGUAACUGCAGCAACCCUGUGAGCUUUGCUGUGAGUGACCAAAUCGUCGCAUUUGACCCAGAACCUCCAAUUGGACUUAUUGUUGGUUUGCUAUUUCUCAUCAUCAUCAUCAUCAUCAUCGGGGCAAUUGCAAUCCUAUUUAAAAAACAACUGAAGGAAUUCGUGCAGACUUGCCGUGGGACGAGAGUUUACUGUUUAGGAAAUUCUGAUGCUGCUAAUGAAGGAGGAGCUAAAGAAGCUGUGCCACUCAAUAGUAAGUCCUCUAUUUAAUCGUAUAUUUCCAAUAGAGAUGAAAAGUUGUGAAGAACUUGGUGUGUUCCACAAGAACAGAUUGCCACUGAUACAUGUUGACAUUUAGUUUACGGAAUGGAACAGUGUAAAUUCAAAAAAGAAUGUAAUUUAAAAAAUGAAUGUAAAUUUAAAAAUGAUCAAAUAUUUCAAAACAUUUUUUAUACUGUUCAUGCUGAGUUUGCAUUAAAAUGGCAAGACAGAACUACUAUGAAUUGGCAGUUAUUAGUGUACUAGUUAGUGUACCUUUCAUGCUGUUUCUAUUUAGAAAAUGCUGCUGGUAAUCAAGAUGGAGCUAAUGAGACAUCAGAAGGUAAAUCCUCUUCUACUCAUAUUUCAAACGAGGAACCACAGUGUCAUCCUGCUCUAUUCAAGUAGUAAAUGACUGACAUCGUUAGCCUGUGGCGGUAGCAAGUAAAAACAAUUCUGUCUGAAUGCUGUUUAUUUCACCA